AUGGCUCGUCUUUUGGCGCUCUUUGCCACCCUCUGGGUUGCCGCUAGCGGCACCUUCUGCGGCACGGACACUGCCUGCCAGCUGAACAUGGCGACGCAGUUCGCGCCGGUCUUGCGAUUGGACAAAGCCACCAUCACGGAGGCGAGAUGCCUGCCGGGACAUCCUGAGACGGUUUACUGGCAGAGGAAGCAAAACAACACGGACAUCAUCUGCGAGUCAGACAUCACUAAGCUGGAGCAAGGUGAGGUGCCUAUGUUCUACCAAUACGAGGAAUGUGCAAAUGCCUCCAUCGCCAUCACUUACCACAUCUGGUAUAGCCAUCAGCCGGCCUGUCUCAAGAUCGACUUGGGUCCCAUCCAUGAUGAAGAGUACGGCGCUCACAAGGGCGACUGGGAGACAGUGGCCGUGUAUAUCAGGAACAGCCGCGUGGAGCGGGUUCGAUUCCAUCAGCACAGCGGCUCCUACACCAGAAACCGGGGGAGCUUCGAGCUCGUCGAAGACACGGAGCAUCCCGUCGUCUACGUGGGCUCGGACAGCCACGGUUCCUACCACGACCAGGGUGGCGCUGGGAACUGCGCGUACUUCCAGGAUUAUCGCCGCUGGGAGGACCAAAGCCUGAAGCUCGAGGGGUGGAAGUUCCUCCUCGCUGUCCGGAACGAGAGUGACAACCUUCCAGAAUGGUUCAAAGCCGACCGGAUCUUCUUCGACGGCUAUUCGGCACCAGGCAACUUGAACCAUUUCGGCUGCUUCAGCGAGAUGUGCGAUGGCAAGGACGACUACAUCUCCGUUGCCGGAACGUGCACGGGGAAAGCCUGUGGCUGCUGGAAGAGCCAUUGGUGUGACAACGUGGUGUUUGGUGACCCCAGGGAUCCGGAGCCUUGUGACCAGUCUUUGUUCAACGACGUCAUGGACCAGGGAAAGGAAUUCUUCGGAGGCUUCAUGGACGCCUGGAACUCUGCACAGGUGAGCAAAGCAGAUCAGCGCAUGGCACCUGCCACAGCGGAGAUGAAAUUGAAGGAGCUGAAGAACGGGCGCCUUGCUAUGCUCGCCUUCGGUGGAGCCAUCACACAGGCAACUCUCACCGGUAACGGCUUCCCAUGGCUCUACGCCCAGAAGGAUGCCUCCGGGCUCAGCGCGGCCUCUGUGGCCCCUGCUUCUGGGUCCCUGGCCGGACACAGGUCCACGCAGCGCAGCGCCGUGGCGAGGCAGGCCGGCUACAAGAUGAGCGCUGCGGUGCCCUUCCUCCCGAUGUCACCAGCUCUGGACGGCAUCCCAGGUGAGGAGGAGGGCUUCGAUCCCAUGGGCUUCUCGCUGGCCUUCGAGAUCGGCUGGCUCCGUGAGGCGGAGCUUAAGCAUGGCCGCGUGGCGAUGCUCGCGACGGUCGGAUGGAUCACCACGGACCUCGGCCUGCGCGUCCCCGGCGAUGCCUUCCAGGUCUCCACCAUUGAGGCGCACGACGCCAUGGUGAAGUUCGGAGGCAUGCCGCAGAUCCUCAUCUGGUGCGGUCUCCUGGAGGUGCUGGGCCUGUUCGCCUAUGUGAACAUGCGCGAGGGAAAGACCGACCGCAAGCCCGGGGACUUCGGCCUCCGCGGCUUCUACCCCAGCGACCCCAAGGGCCAGUACGAGAUGCAGGUGAAGGAGCUGCGCAACGGACGACUUGCGAUGCUGGCCUACUCAGGCAUUGUCACAUCCGCUGUCCUGACCCAGGAGAAGUGGCCCUUCUUCGAUGUUGUCCUGUCGGCGGUGGCCAAGGAUGACCAGGGCUCGGCUUUCUGCGGCUCCGCCGCAGCCAGCCGACAGGGACCGCGCACGGUCUGCCGGGUCUCCUCCAGCAAGAGUCUGCCCUUCUUGCCAAAGCCCCAGAAUCUUGGCGGGCUGGUCGGCGGUGAGGCUGAGUUCGACCCUCUUGGCUUCUCCGAUCUGAUCGACGCAGCGUUGUUGCAAGCUGUUGCCUGA